GCCGCUCCCGUCCCUGUGUCCAUCCUCAUCCCCAUCCCCAUCCCCUCCGCGUCCUCAUCCCACUCCCCUGCGCGGGUCCCCCUUGCUCCCCCUGAGCGCCGGUGAGCGCCGUCCGGUCCCCGCGGCGAGACCUUCCCGCGCGGUUCCCGCCGCCGCCGGUCCCCUCGUGAGGGCGGAGGGCGCGGGGGGAGCCCCGCCGGGCGCGGGCCGGUGCUGAGUCACGGCCCAGGGGGAGCGGCGGGGGCUGCUGGGGCUUCCCGGAGUGCGGGCGGGAAGGGCUGGGGAUGGAGCUCCGGGCGGUUCAAAAUACAGAAUGAAAAAAUAGAAAAUAGGAAAUAGAAAUGAAACAUACACAAGUGGCUGUCCCGCGGCCCGUGUGCUGCCCCCUGGGCCUUGGCCCGGGGUGUGUCCGUCCGUGCCCGUGGUUACCCGCGGGGGAUGGAGGUGCCCGAGCCUUGUCCCUGCGCUCGGUGGGCUGGUAGUGCGGUGGUACUGGGAAACAGCCGAAAAUCGAAUGGAAAAGGAAAGGUGCGUGUUUUCCUGGGAGAUAAAAAACACAGUACAUGGUAAUUCCAUCACCUCCUGGCCAUCCCAAUGAUGAAAUCAGAAGCUAAGGAUGGAGAAGAGGAAAGCCUGCAGACAGCAUUCAAAAAGCUGAGGGUUGACACAGCUGGAUGUACCACUUCUCUCUCUGUGGGUGAUGGGACAAGUCCCAGAGCAAUAGUUAGAACAGUGGCAGAUGAAACCAAACCUAAGAAUGUGUGUGCUUCUAAGGAAACCUGGCAUGGGUCUGUAAAGAAGCCCUCGAGAGGAGUUGUGAGAACCCAGCGUCGCAGGCGUUCCAAGUCUCCAAUUCUUCACCCUCCAAAGUUUAUCCACUGCAGCACAAAAUCACAUUCCACAUGCAGCCAGCUGGUGCAGAAGAGCCAGGCUGAUGCCCAGGAGGACAGCAGUGGGUUUGGGGUGCCAGUCCCAAAGGAAGCUUGUGCACAUGAACACUGCAGUGUCACUCCAGACGUUGGCCACAAGGGAGGUGAUGAGCCUUUGGGAGUUCCUGUUGCACGGCUGACAUCAGAGAACACACAGGAGAACUCUUCAGCUGCAGCUUCUCCAGCAUCCAAAACAAGCCUAAAGACUACAGAGCUUUCUGACUUCCAGUCUGUGUCCAAGCUGACCAUGAGUGAGCCGUGUGCAUGUGCAGGUAAAGCCUGCCAGUGCAAACUGUGGCAAGAUAUGGAAGUGUACAAAUUCUCUGGCUUGCAGAACACCCUCCCUCUGGCACCUGACAGAACGGUUUGUGAGGAUCACUCCCAGCCCUUGCCAUCAAGAACUCCCUCAAGUUCCCCACGCUCUUGCUCUGAGCAAGCCAGGGCCUUUGUGGAUGAUGUGACAAUUGAAGAUCUUUCAGGGUACAUGGAGUAUUACUUGUAUAUUCCAAAGAAAAUGUCUCACAUGGCAGAGAUGAUGUACACCUGACAGCAAGGAGCACUAAAACCAGAAGGGUGGCUGGUUGAAAUCUGCCCUCAGGCACAUCAUGUGAAUAUGCAACCCACUCCCUGCUCACUGUGCUUGCAAUAAAAACACUUCUUUGCAUCUCA